UGGGUUUCCCGCCAGCCGCAGUCUUGGACCAUAAUCAUGGUGGACAUGAUGGACUUGCCCAGGUCGCGCAUCAACGCCGGCAUGCUAGCUCAGUUCAUCGACAAGCCUGUCUGCUUCGUAGGGAGGCUGGAAAAGAUUCAUCCCACCGGAAAAAUGUUUAUUCUUUCAGAUGGAGAAGGAAAAAAUGGAACCAUCGAGUUGAUGGAACCCCUUGAUGAAGAAAUCUCUGGAAUUGUGGAAGUGGUUGGAAGAGUAACCGCCAAGGCCACCAUCUUGUGUACAUCUUAUGUCCAGUUUAAAGAAGAUAACCAUCCUUUUGAUCUUGGACUUUACAAUGAAGCUGUGAAAAUUAUCCAUGAGUUCCCUCAGUUUUAUCCUUUAGGGAUUGUGCAACAUGAUUGAUCUUGAUGGAUUUUCAUACGAUUGUAAAUGAGCUAUAUUAAAGUCUAUUAAAGGAAGCCCUUCUUGUUUGAGGGAGA